UUGCCUAAUAAUCAUCGACUAUUUAUAUACCACAUCAAUCAUAAAACAACCAAACAGGAACAAAUCGAAAAUUCUGGGGAAGUACCAAUUUUCGAACUUGUCUUCAUGUCUUCAAUUAGACUUCUGUUUAUCCUGGUAGUGUCUAUGACAUUAGGAUGCGCGUUAAGCCAACCGAAUAAGUUGUCAGCGUACGAGGUUCUUGUUGAGUAUGGGUUCCCAGUGGGUCUUCUUCCCAAAGGUGCCAUAGGCUAUGCGCUAAAUAGAGAAACAGGUGAGUUCGCUGUGUAUUUUGAUGGAAGAUGCAGCUUCAGCAUAGAGUCCUACGAGCUCGAGUACAAGGCAACCAUCACGGGAGUGAUCUCCAAUCGCAGGCUCUACAAGCUGAAGGGGGUCAAAGUCAAGGUUUUGCUCUUGUGGCUCAACAUCGUCGAGGUUGUUCGUACUAAUAAUGAUAUCCAAUUCUCUGUGGGUAUUGCUUCCGCUAACUUUGGGUUGGAGAACUUCUUCGAGUGCCCCCAGUGUGGAUGUGGAUUCGAUUGCAACAAACUCCCCGAAAACGGUGAUGUUUCUUCAAUUUAAGCUUGUUAUAUGAUUCUAUUCGGAACAAUUGUUGGUCUCUCUGUUGGAGAGUUUAGAUCUAUCUAUCUUUUGUGCUUUUUUUUAAUUAAUUAGUCUAGUUUUAUCAGGGUAUUGUUUUCCCCUCACAUGAAUCAAGACUUUUUGGUGCUUUGUUGUACCAUUUGCCUGAGAAUCCAAACAAAUGUCACCGUAAACUGGCAUCAUUCUACUGUCUUGCCCUUAUCAAUCAUCCCGUUGGGUAUAU